CGCCGUUAAAACACUUUAUUAAUAUCCUUAUUGUAAAAUAUACAUGUAUAUACCUUUUUCAAUACAUUCAAUUGUUAAACAGUAUAUUCUGGUGCAAGAACACCCCACGUGUAACAAUCUUUCAGCAUACCACAGUCACAUCGCCAAACAAGCAAAAAGAUCGAACGGUGCUUGAUGAUUCUUUAAAACGCCAGAGAAAACCUCCAUCCUAGACAUCAAAAAUACUUAAUUGUUUUUUACUUAACUUAUUACUAUAAUCGUCAAAGAAAGCCGAUGAUUACGGGUGUCUUAAGUGGACCUCACCCCCUAUAUUCUUCCUUUAAACUCUCCUCUCAUUUGGGUCAAACAAGUCAACAAAACAAAAACACUUUCUUCUUAACUCCACCUUCUCUCUAUAUUCUCUCAUCUCUCCAAGAUUCUUAACAAAAUGGCGUCGACGACGACAUGCGCGAGAGAGGUGCAUUACAGAGGAGUAAGGAAGAGACCAUGGGGCCGUUACGCCGCAGAGAUUAGAGACCCUUGGAAGAAAACUAGGGUUUGGUUAGGCACUUUCGACACUCCCGAAGAAGCUGCUCUCGCUUACGACGGCGCCGCUCGUUUCCUCCGUGGUAUCAAAGCCAAGACUAACUUCCCUUCUCCUCUCUCUCUCAACCUUAACCACAUCCCUUCCGCUCCCUCCGCCACCGCCGCCGCCGCGGAUAACCACCACAACCAACACCACUGGUUCCCUGCUCCUCCUCUCCCCAUCCCCGACACUCACCACCACCACCGUAUCUUUCUUCGAACCGGAGUGCUCAACGAUAAAGCCUCCGAUUCUACGGAAGCGCCGGUUUGCUUCGCCAUAUCGCCUGAAGUUGCCACGUCAUCUUCUCGAGUGUUUGAGUUUCCGAUAAUGAGUCCUUCUCCUUCCUCCGCGACGGUGAGACGUGGCUUAGCCAUUGAUCUUAACGAGCCGCCGCCGCUUUGGCUGUAAAAACGUCUGCGCCGUUCUGCUGACUUUACGAAACGGCGUCGUUUUGAGCACUUUUCGGUGGAACUAUUAUUGUUUUUAACUUUAAUUUCUUUUUAGAGUAGUUUGAGUAGUUUCCAUUUUGUCCUUUUCGUUUAGGUUAUGUAAGACAUUGGAGUUUGACUGUUAUGAUUCAUGUUGCGGCAAAAAAAAAAAAAAAAGAAACUUCUUAGUUAGUUAACACUGACUAAGCAACAUUAUUUCGAAGGAUUAGGAAAAUGGAUCUAAUAAAGAAGGUAAAUUUCAUGUUGUGAAUUGUUACGACCGUCGCUUAUGUCGGUUUCGAGGGUUUUUUUUAAUUAAUCUUAUCGUAUUCUAUCUAUGCCGUGUCGUGGAAUACGGACUGACUUGUGUAAGCACUGCGUUCUGUUUGACUCACGCGCCUAUGUAACACGACAAAAGACUGAGAAAGAGAGAAACAGACAAAAGAGAUAGAGACUAGUGGUAGGAGAGAAAUCAAACAGAGCAAGCGUGUGAGUUUGGACUGCCAUUUUUCACUUACGGACAAUAAAUCUAUUAUCAGCUUGUAAUUAAUAUACUUUCAUUUACUUUUAUGAGAAAAUAUUAUUUAUGAAGGAAC